AUGACAGCUAAAAAGUGUCUUGGGGUUGACUGCCAAAGCGAUGCCAGCUCGCUGCAGUGCCCGACAUGCCUCAAGCUCAACAUCACAGACAGCUACUUUUGCUCCCAGGACUGCUUCAAAAAGAACUGGCUUGACAGGGUUCCCACAAGAGCAUGCACAAGACGCAAAGUAACGUUCUCCGACAUGGCAUGGCAGCGAAAGCAGUCUUACUUACCAGACCCAGCAUCCGGACACUACAACCCAUUCCCGAGUUUCCCCUUCGCGGGCCCCCUUCGACCUGCGUACCCUCUUUCGGAGCAUCGGACCUUGCCAAAGUCGAUUCCCCAUCCCACCUGGUGGCAGGACGGUAACCCCAAGUACAGCCGCAACCUAGCCACGCGCACCAAGAUUGAAAUCCUCGACGGCGCAGGUCAAGAAGCCAUGCGCAAAAGCUGCCGCCUUGCCCGCGAAGUGCUGGAUAUCGCCGCCGCCGCAGCCAAACCCGGCGUUACGACGGAUUACAUCGACGAGAUCGUUCACAAGGCUUGCAUAGAGCGAAAUUCAUACCCCUCUCCACUCAACUACAACCACUUCCCCAAGUCUUGCUGCACGUCGGUCAAUGAGGUCAUUUGCCACGGAAUUCCCGACCAGCGCCCCCUCGUCGACGGCGAUAUCCUCAACAUCGACAUCUCCCUCUACCACGAGGGAUACCACGCCGACCUCAACGAGACGUACUACAUCGGCGAUAAGGCCAAGGCGGAUCCCGACAGUGUGCGCGUUGUCGAGACGGCCCGCCAGUGCCUCGAGGAGUCGAUCAAAGCCGUCAAGCCUGGCGUGCUGAUACGCGAGUUUGGCAACAUCAUCGAGAAGCAUGCGAAGAAGACGGACUGCAGCGUGAUCAGGACCUACUGCGGCCACGGAAUCAACAAGCUGUUUCACUGUGCUCCCAACGUGCCACACUACGCCAAGAACAAGGCGGUGGGAGAAUGCAAGCCGGGCAUGACAUUUACCAUCGAACCCAUGGUUGCUCUAGGCAAAUACCGAGACAUCACCUGGCCAGAUAACUGGACCAGCACCACAAUUGAUGGCAAGCGCACGGCGCAGUUCGAGCAUACUCUUCUCGUCACCGAAGAUGGCGUCGAGAUUCUUACGGCAAGGAAGGCAGAUUCUCCCGGUGGCCCGAUCGCCAUGCCCAGCAGCAGCGUUGGCAAGGAUGAUACCAUAACGCCCUCGACAAACAGAAAACCACUGGGUCACUGA